UUUACGUUACUCGACGUACGGAUGUAAACAUCUUAGGGGUCUCAAAUCUCAGCAGCCCAACCCACUAGUAUUUAGAAACGCGAUAGAAAGAAAUGGACCAGUAUGGGGAUAAAAAUGGAUAUCUUGAGCUGUCACAAAAUCCUAUAAGAUUUGAACCUGUCAGCAAAGUCACUAAUGUAUUUUUUGAUGACACUAGUAAAGAGGUUCUAAGUGUGCGAGGUGGCGGAAUACUAGGAGUGGUAGUGAGGGGAAUUGGCCGUGACCACACCUUCCGAAUGGAAGAUCAUGGAACCAUAUCAUCCCUUAAAUUUUCACCAGAUCACUCAGUUUUAGCUGUCCAACGAAGCAAGAAUGCAGUGGAAUUACUCACUUACACAGAGGGUGAAGUUGGUCCUGGAAGUGUUCAAGAGUGCCGUGCAAAAACUGCAAACCUACUUGGGUUCAUCUGGACACACAAUGAGGACCUAGUUUUAGUAACAGAUCAUGGUGUUGAAUUUUAUCAGACACAGCAUGUUGCAAAGGAUCGUGUAAGCAUUCGUCAUAUACGAAACUAUAGUCUCACUUGCUCUUGGUUUGUUUGGAGCACAGAAUGUUCACUUUUGCUCCUUUGUACUGGGUCUGCUCCUACCACCACCACACUCCAGCCCUUCAUGUUCAAGCCAGGACAGUCCAACAAACUAAAUAAAUUUGAAGUGGAAGUAAGUAGUGGCAGUAGCAUUCACACCCCUGGAGUGACACUGGGUGAGCGAGAUGUAUGUGUUGGCACCAUAUAUGGUCAGGUGUCAAUCUGUGUAUUGCGUCAUCCAUCCACCCCCACUGUUGCUGCACACCUAGAUGUAUAUUCACAGAAUAAAGAUGGAGCCUUUAAAAGAACUCACAUCUGUCGUUUGGAGUUAACAGGGCGUUUUGCUGUAAAUAUCAUUGACAGUCUCAUAAUUGUCCACCACCAGGCAUCCAAGACAUCUCUUCUCUUUGAUAUUCUACUUGGUGGAGAAGUAAAUGGUGGAAUAACAUCGGUAUACCCAAUAACAGUGCCAAGAUCUAUUCAGCCAUUUUCACUGGUGGAACCUGAUGCCGUCCCUUCUACUACUUCACAACCUAUAUCUCUUCCAUGUGAGCUGUAUGCACCGACAUGGGUUGUGUUUCAGCCAGAUAUUGUUAUUGAUGCUCGACUUGGGUGUAUGUGGCACCUGCGGCUGCGUUUGGACUCCUUGGCAAGUGCCGUGGAAGAUAAAAGUCAGCUGGUAGACUGUCUUCUUAGAAGGAAACAAGCAAAACCUCUUGUAUUGUCUGUUGUGAAAAAAGUUGUGGAGUCAGGCCAGCUAACAUCUUUAGGCCAGAUAUUCGAUAAAAUCAACAUUGCUUAUCGACAACAUCUAAACACCGUCUUACAAUCUCAGAAGACAUGCCAGAUCAUGAUGGGGGAAAGUGUGAGCGCCCCUGCAGUGUCAAGCAGUGUUCCCGAGAGGAGAGGUGUUGUCAUUGAGCAGGCUGAUAUGUACAGUAGUGUCCUAGCUCCACUCAUGGAAGAAGCUGAGAAAGAGGAAGCCAGAGAAAAAACAAAUGUAAAACAUGAAGGUGGCUGUCAGACAGCUGUGUCUUCCAAGAUGGUGGUCGGUGUGGUAAUUGAAUAUACACGGUCUCUGGGCACUGUUGGUGUAACUGUCCAACAUUUUCUUUAUGAGUUAGUAAUCAAUGCUCUUGUCCGAGCUCGUCAGUUCUAUCAGCUGCAUCAGCUCCUGCAAUAUCAUGUUUUGGCUGACUCAAAACCCCUGGCCUGUCUGCUGUUAUCUCUGGUAGGCGUGUAUGCUGCAGGUCAGCAGCUGAGUCUAGACAUGUUGUGUCGACUCAACACAGCUCAUGAUGAAAUUAUUGAAGUAUUACUGUCUCAGCACCAGGUCACUCCAGCACUCAGAUAUGCUCGGAGUGUGGGACUUGGAGAGUCAGUGUCAGCUCGUAAGUUUCUGGAGGCUGCCAUGGUGGGUGGCAACCCACAGGUAUUCUACUCUACCUUUACCUUUUUUGUGCUUCGCAACACAAGACUUCGUGGGAGUGCAGCUUUUGCCAAAGGUGAGCACUGUGAUAUCUAUGUUGAACACUAUAAGAAACUCUUUGGUGAAGUACCUGACUAUGGGCCCCUGCAGUCCUAGGACAAGAGUGGAUAAGACUUCAUCCAGAAGAAACUCUGACCAAGAAUUUAGUUGACUGACAUGAAUAACACAAUUCAUUUUAGAGUGGGCUAGCUCUAUACAAAAGUAAAAGACUAUUUACUUGCUGUUAACCAGAGCUUAGGUGACAUUUAUGUAUCUGUUACUCGGAUCCAUAAAUGUUUGAUCUGUAUAAAAUGUCAAAUUUAAAAUCAACUCCAGUACCCUUGGUUCCUGUAUAUUCCUGAUCACUAAAUCACUUCUCUUCAUCUCACACCAGAUUAUAUUUCCAUUCUACCUAGUCGUAAGUCUCAUGAGCUAUGCUGCAGAACAAAUGUGUGCGCCCAUAGAGAAAAAUCUUUACUGAAAAUUUUAUAGCAAGAACAGUGUUUAACUUUUAUAAUACUGUAUAUGUGAUAAAAUUGUCAGACAUGAGGAAGAAUCCCACUGCUGUCGAGGCAACUCUAACUUUGUAACUGUCACAAUUUUACCAUAUAUUUUAUCCUACAAUAAUGAUCUACUGUAACCUGACAGCAUUCUGUAAUAUAAUACCAAGUGCUGUUAGGACUUGAGUAGGACUAGAUGUAUAUGGGCCCAUUUAAGCUUGGGCUCGUCUCUGUAUGUUCUUGGCAAGCUGGUCAGGAGUGUGAACCAGGCCGUUAAUGAUGCAAGUAACAGGGUUAUAACAGUUGCAUCAAACACUGGCCAAUGCAACAUACACAGAUGACAAAUCCUGAAUGUUAUUCAAACUCUCAUAAAGUAUUUAAAUAUUGGCAUGUUAAUUAACGUAUCCAUGUACCUGUUAAAUGUGUAAUUAUACUUUAACCUUUUAGAUAGGUAGAAAAGAAUAAAAGCCUAUGAGAAAUUACAAAAUUAUAGUAUUGCAUUAAAAUUUGGUUACCAAAAAAACAUUAUUUUUACAUACAGUAUUACAUAAUCUUACGUUGUGGAUAUAUAACAAAUGUAACACAAUGGUCAGCACAGUCAAUUACAAAUUUAACAGUAGUCAGCACAGUCAAUUCACAAGCGAAAGUCCUGGGUUCAAUUCCUGUGGCUGGAUGAAAACAUUUGAGCAUGUUUCCCCUUCCUAUAAUGCCUCUAAUCAUCUGGCAGUAAAUAGGUAUCUGGGUGUUAGGUAACUGUUGUGGGUUGCAACCUGGGAAAGCUUCCUGUCCCUGACAAGAGGACACCAUAUAUAAAUACAGUACUAUAUACUGUACUAUAAGUGAUAGUGCACGAACAACUAUUUACCUCAAAUACAGGAGAGACAUUGAUAUGCAUUGCAGUUUUGCUACUUGGCUAAAGUUGCAUAAUAUAGGUUACAUUAAAGUUGCAAGUUUACAUUCAGUAUCUUGAAAUAUUUUUCAUGUACAUACAAGAUAUUACAGCCAAGACUGUUUAUAUACAUACACAGGAUCCCACAUUUAGAGCACUUGCUGCUCCUACCACAUUGCAUAACUACACAUGUAAGUAUGUAUGUGUAUUGGCUACAGUUUCAUAAAAUACAUUCCUGGGAGAAUUUGUAACUAUACUAAAUUACUUUAAAAUAUAUAUCUCAUCCUAUCCAA